CACCAUGGCUGACAGCAUCCCUCUGAAUCCGGUGCGGCAGAACCCGCGGAGAGCCGGUUAUUACAGCGCGGGCCGGGCUGUGAGGCCUCGUGUAUUUGAGGAACUGGUGGAUUCGUUUCUCAGAUUCUCUUCUUAAAGAGGUUCUCUUCUUAAAGAGGUUCUCUUCUUAAAGAGGAACAGUUGUUCUGGGUUCAGCUUGGAUUUUUGGAAUAUCAAACCUCCAAAGCGACAGAUUCAAGAUAGUUCAAGACUCGUUAUUGGCAAGGAACAAUGCUUCACGCACAGUACCAGAUUGAAGACGACGCCUCAAAUCUUGACGAGAUGCCCUUGAUGAUGUCGGAAGAGGCGUUUGAGAAUGAUGAGAGUGAUUACCAGACGCUGCCCAGAGCCAGAAUCAACCAGCGGCGCAGAGGCUUAGGCUGGUUCAUCUGCGGAGGCUGGAAGGUCCUGUGUGGAAGCUGCUGUGAAUGCCUGGCUCGCACGUGUCGGAGGAAGAAGGAGCUGAAGGCCCGGACGGUGUGGCUGGGCCACCCGGAAAAAUGCGAGGAGAAGUACCCGAAAAACGCCAUCAAAAACCAGAAAUACAACAUCCUCACCUUCGUCCCGGGGGUUCUGUACCAGCAGUUCAAGUUUUUCCUGAACCUGUAUUUUUUGGUGGUGGCCUGCUCACAGUUUGUGCCGUCAUUAAAAAUCGGCUAUCUGUAUACCUACUGGGCUCCACUGGGCUUUGUGUUGGCCGUGACCAUGGUGAGAGAGGCCGUGGACGAGGUUCGGCGCUACAGGAGGGACAAGGAGAUGAAUUCUCAGCUUUACAGUAAACUCACAGUCCGAGGUAAAAUCCAGGUGAAGAGCUCAGACAUACAGGUUGGAGAUCUCAUCAUUGUGGAAAAGAAUCAGAGAAUUCCAGCUGAUAUGAUCUUCCUCAGAACCUCAGAGAAGACGGGAUCGUGCUUUAUCAGAACGGAUCAGCUGGAUGGAGAAACUGAUUGGAAGCUGAAGAUCGCUGUAGCCUGCACUCAGAGACUACCUGCAUUAGGGGAUUUGUUCUCCGUCAGCGCUUACGUCUACGCUCAGAAGCCUCAGCUGGACAUUCACAGUUUUGAAGGGAACUUUACCAGGGAGGACUGUGACCCUCCCAUUCACGAAAGUCUGAGUAUCGAGAACACGCUUUGGGCGAGUACUGUGGUUGCAUCUGGUACUGUAAUAGGAGUUGUAAUAUAUACAGGAAAGGAGACGAGGAGUGUACUGAACACGUCUCAGUCCAAGAACAAGGUGGGCCUGUUGGACCUGGAGCUGAACCGUCUGACGAAGGCCCUGUUUCUCGCCCAGGUGGUUCUGUCCGUGGUCAUGGUGGCGCUGCAGGGUUUUAUCGGGCCCUGGUUCCGAAACCUGUUCCGCUUCGUGGUUCUUUUCUCUUAUAUCAUCCCCAUCAGCCUGAGGGUGAAUCUGGACAUGGGAAAGUCAGCAUAUGGCUGGUUGAUAAUGAAGGAUGAGAAUAUCCCGGGCACGGUGGUGAGGACCAGCACUAUCCCUGAAGAGAUGGGCCGUCUGGUCUACCUGCUCACAGACAAGACAGGCACUCUCACCCAGAAUGAGAUGGUGUUUAAGAGGCUUCAUCUGGGCACUGUAUCGUAUGGAACUGAUACCAUGGAUGAGAUUCAGAGUCAUAUCAUACAGUCAUAUGCUCAGGUAACCUCAGCUCCAGCCAAUGGCAGCAGUGCUAGCUCCACACCUUCCCGGAAGCCGCCGCCCUCCGCCCCCAAGGUACGCAAAAGCGUGAGCAGCCGAAUCCACGAGGCGGUGAAGGCCAUCGCCCUCUGCCACAACGUCACGCCAGUGUACGAAUCCCGCGCCAACGGUGCCAGCGCCGAGCCUGAGAGCACUGAAGCUGAUCGGGACUACAGUGACGACAACCGAACGUACCAGGCCUCCAGCCCUGACGAGGUAGCUCUGGUGCGCUGGACCGAGAGUGUGGGACUGACCCUGGUGAACAGAGACCUGACCUCCCUACAGCUGAAAACUCCCGCAGGACAGAUCCUGACCUUCUGCAUCCUUCAGAUCUUCCCCUUCACCUCCGAGAGCAAGCGCAUGGGCAUCAUCGUCAGGGAUGAAGCCACAGGUGAGAUCACCUUUUACAUGAAGGGAGCGGACGUCGCCAUGGCGAGCAUUGUGCAGUACAACGACUGGCUAGAGGAAGAGUGUGGAAACAUGGCCAGAGAAGGACUUCGCACGUUGGUGGUGGCUAAGAAGUCUCUGUCUGAAGAACAGUAUCAGGACUUUGAGAGUCGGUAUAACCAGGCGAAGCUGAGUCUGCAUGAUCGAGGUCUGAAGGUGGCAGCAGUGGUGGAGAGUCUGGAGAGGGAGAUGGAGCUGCUCUGUCUGACCGGAGUAGAGGAUCAGUUACAGGCUGAUGUCAGACCCACACUGGAGCUUCUCCGCAACGCCGGCAUCAAGAUCUGGAUGCUGACGGGGGAUAAGCUGGAGACGGCUACCUGUAUAGCUAAGAGCUCUCACCUGGUGUCCAGAAGCCAAGAUAUUCACGUGUUCAGACCGGUGUCUAAUCGAGGUGAAGCUCAUCUGGAGCUGAAUGCGUUCAGGAGGAAACAUGACUGUGCUCUGGUCAUCUCCGGAGACUCUCUGGAGGUUUGUCUGCGUUAUUAUGAGCAUGAGUUUGUGGAGUUGGCGUGUCAGUGUCCUGCUGUGGUCUGCUGCCGCUGUUCUCCCACCCAGAAAGCCCAGAUCGUCAGACUCCUCCAGCAGCACACGGCCAACCGGACCUGCGCCAUCGGUGAUGGAGGAAAUGAUGUCAGUAUGAUUCAGGCUGCAGACUGUGGAAUUGGCAUUGAAGGAAAGGAGGGAAAGCAGGCGUCUCUAGCCGCGGAUUUCUCCAUAACUCAGUUUAAGCACAUCGGCCGGCUGCUCGUGGUCCACGGCCGGAACAGCUACAAGCGCUCAGCGGCUCUCGGACAGUUCGUGAUGCACCGCGGCAUGAUCAUCUCCACCAUGCAGGCUGUGUUUUCCUCCAUUUUCUACUUUGCUUCAGUUCCUCUGUAUCAGGGCUUCCUCAUGGUCGGCUAUGCUACAAUCUACACCAUGUUUCCUGUGUUCUCAUUGGUGCUGGACCAAGACGUGAAGCCGGAGAUGGCUUUGCUGUACCCAGAACUCUAUAAAGAUCUCACCAAGGGUCGGUCGUUAUCAUUCAAAACCUUUCUUAUCUGGGUUUUGAUAAGCGUGUAUCAAGGGGGCAUCCUGAUGUACGGCGCUCUGGUGCUGUUUGAUCAGGAGUUCGUGCACGUGGUGGCGAUCUCCUUCACGGCGCUGGUGCUCACCGAGCUCCUGAUGGUGGCGCUGAUGGUGAGAACGUGGCACUGGCUGAUGGUGGUGGCGGAGUUCUUCAGCCUCGGCUGCUACCUCGCCUCGCUGGCCUUCCUCAACGAGUACUUCGGUAUAGGUAGAGUGUCGUUAGGAUCUUUUCUGGAUCUGUCGUUCAUCACCACGCGGACGUUCCUGUGGAAGGUGUGCGUCAUCACGCUGGUCAGCUGCCUGCCUCUGUACAUCAUCAAAUACCUGAAGCGCAAGUUCUCCCCUCCCAGCUACUCCAAACUGUCCUCCUGAAGCUGCUGACACGCCUCUGUAGUUUCAUAUGGGCAUGAUAUUACCAGGAACAAGUGUUUAUAAGCGUUUAUAAGCAUUUAUAAGCAUGCAUAGCAGCGUAACGUGCAGCGUUAAAUAGGCAUAAAGGCACGACAGCUGCUGCUGCUGCUGCUGCUGCAGUAGUAGUAGUGUCCCCAACCAUGACUUUUGUACUCUGUAAGCUGUUAUGUAAGUGUUUAUAAGUGCCUAAUGAACGUAUAAUAUUAAUCAUGCCUUGUGUAGAGCUCGUGCUGUGGAGUUAUCUAUGCUACUGCGUCAUCUACGCCUCGCGAAAGGACAGUGUGAGAAAUCACCGGAGAGAAAACUGUAAAACUCUUAAAAAAUUGAAGAGAGAGAUUCUGUGAAUACUUGAAAAGACGAAGCACAAAGAAAAAAAAGUUCGCAAAGAGUUAAAUGGUAGAACUUGGAGGAAAUUGAGCAAAACUCAACUCAAUCUCCAGAAAUCCAAAAAAACUCAAGAAACGACGAUGAACCUUUUUUUUUUUUUUUUUUUUUUUUUGGUGGCUUCCUUUAUUUCAGUGCACUUCUACUUCAUUCUUCAUCGAAUCUGUGGAAACGUUUGCUUUUCACGACCUUUUUUUAACGAACGUAGGAUUGGAGAUUUUUUAUAACUCGUUUUUUUUUUUUUUGUAUUUAUAAUGUUCAACAGUGUGCAUUGGUUGUGUGUGUUGUUGGACAAGAAGGCUGGAUUGUCAAAGCAAAUGUUUGUACACUUUCCUUAUGAAGCAGUUAUGAAGCCUUUGUGAACGGGCUGUGAAUGCAUUAAGCUGUUCUUAAUCAAGAAUUAGGAAUUACACCCACUGACGAAAAAAAAAUAUAUAUAUAGAUGUUUUUAAAGCAGAACUCUGGUGUAAAAUGGACUUUUGUUGUAGUAAAACAUGAUAAAAAGUACUUAUUUGGCUUUGAUGAAUAGCUCACCUCCGCUCUCCUGCAGCAUUCUGAGAUCCAGAAAUUUUAAGUUUGUCCAAACACCCUUCAGACUGGGUGAUACGGGGCAUAAUUUACCCUGAUAAAUCACUUUUUACACUGUUAUCCAGCUCAAAAAAGUAAAGAAAAAAAAAGUGCACAAGAAGCUUAUUAAAAAGCACUGUUUACAUUCUAUGACGCUAGAUUCAGCUCCAGGUACCGCCAUCACUGAACUGCAACAAGAAAAAACAACCGCAGUCUGUGUAAAUGUAUGUCUAUGUCAUUAUCAGUACAGUGAAGGCGGCGCUCGGAGCUAAAGCUAGUAGUGUUAUAGGAUGUAAACAGUGGUUUUUAUUAAGCUUUUUGUGCACUUUUUAAGUUAUUAAUGCCUCGUUUUAAAUGUCAGAGCUCUCCUCUCGGAUUCUAGUAAGGAGGUGUGGAGUUACUUUGAGCUGGAUAACGGUGUAAAAAGUGAUUUAUCAGGGUAAAUUAUGCCCCGUAUCUCUCAGUCUGAAGGGUGUUUGGACAAACUUUAAACCUGCACAAGAAGUUUAUUAAAAGCCACAGUUUUACAUCCUGUACAUAGGUAGGUAAAUCUUCGGACGUCGUGAAAAAAGUGAUUUAUCUUAUUCUAACUUAUUCUAAAGCCUGUUUGGGCAAAGUGAACAAAAUACUGGAUCUCAGAAAGCUGCAGGAAAGCGGAGGAGAGCUAUUCAAAACAGAUAAGUACUUUUUUUUUUAUCUCGUUUUAAUAAAUACAACCAAAGUCCAUUUCACUCUUUUAAGAGUUCUCCUUUAAAUUCUUGAUUGGCCCUGCUUGGCAGACCAAGGAAGUGGUGCAAUCUGGUAAAGAUAUUCUAGGAAACCCUUGCUGUGUGUGGGUAAGCAUAAUCCUGCUGAAAAACAAAAGUUUUAAACCCUGCUUUCCUUGUUUCAGCAUGUCCAGGAGUUAAAAAUCUCUCACCAGGAGGAGCACUACCCAAAAAGUUAUAAAAGUAGCUUCUGGAAGCUACUUUUUUUUACUUUUAUGCUCAUGUUGUGUCGAAUCAUCAUGACCACAUCUGUAACAUUGAACAUAUCUGCCUCUGGAUUUUGCAGAAAUCCAGUUGUGUGUUAUUAUUUUGUCGAAAAAUGUAUUUCAGAUUGUGAUGAUUAACUGAUGGGGAUUUGUAGGUGUUUAUUAAUGAGAGUUUUUUCUAUUCUUGCCUGUCAUUUAUGCGUAGAAACAGUUCAGUAUUGGCAGCUUUGAAUGAUUCAUACUUCAUAAAGACACCAGCUGCAAAAACUUAAGAAAAAGAUGUGCCACAGAACAGAGAAUUUCCCGUCAUGAAGCUGGAAACAAGACUUUCUUACUGAGAAUUUCCUAAAUGUACACAACCAUCACCCACCCAUGUGUUUAAAAUCAAUGAUUGCUCAAUGAUUGAUCGGUUCAGUUCAAAAAGAAUGUCUUGACGGCUUGAUUUUGAUGAUUAAUGCAUGUUUAAUGUAUUGUUCAGAUUUAUUUCUUCAGGAGGUACCAGUAAAUGAGUCAUUAUCUCAAUAUACAGCUGUGGAAAAAAUGAAGAGACCACUUCUACAGUUUCUGAAUCAGUUUCUCUGAUUUUGCUAUUUAUAGGUUUAUGUUUGAUUAAAAUUAACAAUGUUGUUUUUUUCUAUAAACUACAGACAACAUUUCUCAUAAAUUAUAAUAAUAGAAAUAUUGUUAUUUAGAGCAUUUAUUUGCAGAAAAUGAGAAAUGACUGAAAUAAAAAAAGUUUUAAGAGUUCAGAAAUUAUCAAUAUUUGGUGGAAUAACCCUGGUUGGUUUUUAGUCACAGUUUUAAUUUUAUGCAUCUUGGCAUCAUGUUCUCCUCCACCAGUCUUACACACUGCUUUUGGAUAACUUUAUGCUGCUUUACUCCUGGUGUAAAAAUUCAAGCAGUUCAGUUUGGUGGUUUGAUAGUUUGUGAUCAUCCAUCUUCAAUUUUAUAAAAUCAAGGAAACUCAUAAUUUUUAAGUGGUUCCUUAAUUUUUUUCCAGAGCUGUAUAUCGUGUCCCAUGACAUUUGCCAUGCCAACUAAAGCUAAAUACUUUGCACUGACAUGUUUUCAUUGACAAUUCUAGCCAGUGCUAGAAACUGGAAACUCCACCCAGAUGGGGACUAGAACCCAAGACCCCAGUGCUGGAAAUUCCACCCAAAUAGGGACUUGAACAUACAACCCCAACCCUAGAAACUUCACCCAGAUAGGGACUUGAACCCGAGACCCCAAGCUUGGAAACUUCACCCAGAUGGGGACUAGAACCCAAGACCCCUAUGCUUGAAUCCAAGAUCACAGCGCUAAAAACUCCACCCAGAAAGGGACUUGAACCCAAGGCCCCAGCGCUGAAAACUCCACCCAGAUAAGGACUUGAACCCCAGACCCCAACCCUGGAAGCUCCACCCAGAUAGGCACUGGAACCCAAGACCCCAGAGCUGGAAACUCCACCCAGAUAGGGACUUGAACCCAAGACCCCAGCGCUGGAAACUCCACCCAGAUAAGGACUUAACCCAAUACCCCAGCGCUUGAACCCAAGACCCUAGAGCUGGAAACUCCACCCAGAUAGGGACUAAAACCCAAGACCCCAACCCUGGAAACUCCACUCAGAUAGGGACUUGAACCCAAUACCCCAGCACUUGAACCCAAGACCCCAAGCUUGGAAACUCCACCCAGAUAGGGACUUGAACCCAAUACCCCAGCACUUGAACCCAAGACCCCAAGCUUGGAAACUCCACCCAGAUAGAGACUUGAACCCUAGACCCCAGCGCUUGAACCCAAGACCCCAGUGCUAAAAACUCCACCCAGGUAGGGACUAGAACCCAAGACCUCUGUGCCGACAUGCCACCAACUGUGUGAUUGAUUGGCUGCUGUGUAUAAAAUGAUUGUAAAGGCUCCUUGUGUUUCUAGAAAGGCGCUAUUUAAGUAUAAAUCAAAUUUAGUACAAUUCAGAGCUUAUUAAUAUAACUUAAUAUCCAAUUUACCUUUUUUUUUUUUGGCAAUCAACCACAAUCAGAUUGACCACAGUUCUGAAAUUUGACUUUAUACAAAACACUGGACUUUAUAUUUAUAUUUAUGUUCUAAAAAUGUGUUAAGAAAAAAAAAGUAUGCUGUUCUUUCUUUGGGCAGAAUGUGGUGUUUAGUACAUGUGAGGAAUGAGUUUUAUCAUUCUGUGUGUCUGUCUGUAUUUGUGUGUAAGUGUGAAAGAGAAACACUUUUUUUUAUUUUUUGAAAUACUAAAAAUGACCAUGAAAAAAAAAAGUUAAUAUGCCAAACUCCUUCAUUUGCCAAGCUCAGUCCUGAUGCUUUCCUAUGUGACGUGGUGAUUUAUUGAUUUAUUGGUAAAUAUACGUGUUUUUUUUUUGUUUUCUUCAGCAGCUCUUAACUUUAAUCUUCGUUAUGUGAGGAGAGAUCGAGCAUCACGUCUGUAUUAACUUUAUUCUUAUUGCUAAAAUUGAGUAUUUACAGUUUUCCGGCACUUUUAUACUACUUUUAACUACUGGAAUGUGUAAAUAGGAAGUGAACUAAACCAGCUGGAGUCUCACAGUGACGAAUAUAUAUGUAUAUGAUCGAAGCCCCGUUUUUGGCUUUUGGUCUGUUUGCUUUCAGUAUUAGACCACUAUUUUUUAGUUUGUUUUGUUCUUUUUCUCUUUUUUAAUCGUAUGAUUUUCAUUGUAUUGGUGGUAAUGAUGAUGAUGUUGUUGAUUUAUGAUUUAUGGCUCAAACUAUGAUCAUUAAAGAGCAAUAAAGGUGUUGAAAUUUGUA